AUGGAGGACAACGAGGACGCCCCAGUGAUGGCGGGCACCGUACCCCGCCAGAAGGUGACCGCGCGCUGCAAGUCCAUCGACCGGUACGGUGACUCGGACGUCGACCUCACCAGGAAGCGCUCCUUCGCCGACGAGUACUUCAAGCGCGUCGCGCGAGACCUCAAGUCCAUACCGUGCCUGCUGCUCCUAGGUAACAUCUUUGCUUUCGUGUUCCUGAUUAUCUGGUCCAACAUCACGAAGCACCUGUUCGUGACCCAGAAGCCGACGGAGGUCACCACGCCCGCCGAGACGAGUCCACCGCUGAUCCGUUCCAUCCGCGAGAUGCACAUGUGCAACAAACCGCGUUGCGGCGCCGUUGGGCACGCCAUCAACUACGGCGUCGACGUGGACAUUCUACCCUGCAAGGACAUCUUGGAGCACGCGUGUGGCCGUUGGAUCAGGGCCGACGAAGAGAUAUACCAGAAGUGGAUGCUCGGUUCGGCGCGGCUCUACAUCGACGACAUGUACAGCGACCUGAAGCGCUACCUCGAGACGAUGCCCCUCUCGGUGCCGCUGCGAACGCAGCACAAGGUGUCAAUUCUUUAUCGUAGGUGCGUGUCGGAAGGCAAUGCGGACAAUCGCGAUCUUCUCAAACAUAUGAUGGAUAACGUCUACAGCCUCGCAGGCUGGCCAUUCGAAAGCACCUUCAAGCCAUACGAGUCAAUCCUGGCGAAGUUUCUACGCCGCACGAGUGAGCCGGCUCUUCUCUCCAUAGGCACGGCGAGAAUGCUCCGUAUCACGCGCGCCAGCAGCGACAUCGAUGACGAGGGGUCAAACGACAUACUCUUGUCGUUGGACUGUCCGAGGUUCCCUUUCCCAAGGUAUUGGCUCCUGACGCGAAACGAUGCAGACAAAAACGAUUACACGGCGUUGGUAAUGAACUUGAUUAAGUUGUACAAGAACGUAGAUGUCCCUUUAUCACUGGUGAAAAACAUUGUAUCUUUUGAAAUUAACAACGCGUACGUAACGAGAAGAUAUUGUCACAGACGGAAGCUUAGAAGGUACCCUUUGGGCCAAUUGAAGGAGAAGGUGAAGAAGUUCCCCUGGGAUUCUUUCCUACAGGAAGUUGUUGGAAACGAUACCGGCAUUGUCAUCGACGACAACACUAAAGUGCUGCUCAGAUCAUUCGACUAUCUUAAAUACAUGGCCAGUCUCCGCAACCCGCCGAAAGAAGGACGCGCUGUGAAUUACAUUGGUUGGCGCAUAUUUUACUUUUACGGGCCACUCGCCUUUCCCGCUCUCAGAAGUAAGAUCACCGAGUUCCGUUCUCUGAAGCUGAACGAGUCGCAUAUCGAGGAGUGGAAGAAGUGUCUUUUCAUAACGAAUGACGUUAUGCCGAUUGGAAUGGGGCGAGUUUACGUGGAGGCCAUGACGCGCAUGAAGACUCUGUUCGCCGUGCAAGAACUCGUCUCUAAGGUAAUUUUCAGCUUCAAGUACAUGCUCUCGCAAGCCAUGUGGCUUGAUUCUGAGGCCAAGGUCAACGCGUCCAACUACCUGACCAAAUUAAAUACGAUGGUCGGUAUCCCCAAGUGGGUCGCCGACGACAAUACACUCGACCGCUACUAUGAGAGCUUCACCUUCGACAUCACAAAAGACGCCUUCUUCACCAUGUUCGACCUCGCCACUCGGCACACGGCCAAAUAUCGGUUCCUGCCGCUCUUCCAGCAGCUCUCGAACCGGUUUCUCCGCAGUCACUACAGGCUAGGACGUCUAGUUGCGGACAAUCACACAAACAACGAUGACCUGCUCAAGGGAAUCAACAUGCGGCCCCUGCACUCCUUCAUAUUCCCAGGGCACAUUGCGGACCUAUAUUUGCACCGAUAUAACAUGAGACAAGCGCUCGUCUUCGACGUGAACGAAAACGCUCUCCUUCUUCCUGCGGGGCUACUGCAGCCACCCUACUUCGACCCCAACGUCCCACUGGCUAUCAACUACGGAGGCCUUGGGGUGCUUAUACUGCACGACAUGGUGCGCGAGUUCUUUCGCUUCUUCUUCGACGACACCGACGCCCGGUGGCGCAAACGCACUCGGUGCAUCAACAACAAGGUGUUCCGCAAGACGGAGGAGUCAAGUGGCAGUCUGGACGAGAACCAAGAGCAUGAGGUAGUCACCUUCACCAUGAUGACGGUGCGCGCGGCGUACAACGCGUACCACUACGCGCUGGGCACGGACGACGAUGACAUUGUGCCUGGUGGAAGCGUCGAGUCGAAUCCUGAUCAGUUGUUCAUGCUCAGCACCGUGCGCACGCUCUGCUCAAUUGUCAGAGACAGGUAUGAUCAUUUGAGUGUUUAG